AUGUCAGCUUGGACACAUUUGGUGCGCUUCGUAGCCGUCGAGGACGACCAAAUUCAUUUGGGUCAGCUAGUCGACCCAAUGCGUGAUGUCGGCCUAGACUCUACCGACGGAGUCCCCAUCUAUGCAUUUGAAAUAGAGGGAACAAUAUACAAUGGCAAAGUAACAAGUCAUACUUUGCAAGUCCGCAGGACUGAGAUUUCGACACAGCUACUCUCACCAAUUGUUCCAGAGGAGUGUCCCUAUAUUCGUUGCAUUGGUCUUAACUACAGGCUUCAUGCAAAGGAGGCCAACAUGGCAAUACCCACCGUGCCGGCCAUUUUCUCCAAACCCCGCACCGCCAUUACUGAUCCGUACCCGACCGCAAUUAAUAUCCCGAAGGUUGCUCAAGACGGUUCAAGUGAUUACGAGGCAGAGCUAGUCAUUGUGAUCGGAAAGUCAGCCCGAGAUGUCACCGUCGAACAGGCCUCUUCGUAUAUUCUUGGAUACACAGCUGCCAACGAUAUCUCAGCGCGUGAUGAGCAGAUGAAAACUCCAAUGCCUUGCUUCUCUAAAGGUAUGGACUCCAGCUGUCCGUUGGGCCCUGCCUUGGUCUCCACUUCCGUCAUUCCCAAUCCUGAAGACUUGAAAAUCAAUGCAAUCUACAAUAACAAAACAGUUCAAGAUGGUCAUACCAGUGAUCUAAUUUUCGGAGUGUCCGAACUCGUGGCCUAUUUGUCGCAAGGGACUACCCUUGAACCUGGAACGAUUAUUUUAACAGGGACACCGCCGGGAAUUGGAUACUUCCGGUCGCCUCGAAUUGUCCUUGGAGAUGGAGAUGUCAUUAGAGUUUAUAUUGAGAAAAUAGGGACCCUGGUUAACAAGGUUCACUACGAAUAG